GCCAGCAACUGUUGGAUCUGCCUUGCUACGCCAUGUUGGAAUUCUUAUCUAUGAUUGCAUUGGACCCAAGUGAGCUAUUGGCCCACCGAGGCUUACAGACCUUUUGUUGAAAAUAGAUUGAAGAUCUCGAGCCACUUUGGGUCUUCCAGCAUCUGACAUCAAUCUCAGCAUUAUCUCUUUUCGGUUUGCGAAAACAGUCCAGAGCUUUGUGCAUUGAACACCCUUUGGCGAAUAUGAAUCUCUCUACCCUACUGCUCUUAUGUUUCACCCUCGUGGUUGACGCAUCGCCUCUCCGCACGAGAAACAAUGCUCUGUCUCUAGACCUCGCCCGGAUCACCAGCUUACUAGGACACACCCAGAUUGGAAACUUCUCCUUGACCAACGCCACUCUUCCACUGUCAGACACGAAUCCGAAACUCCCUCCUGUAUCCCCCGGAUUGACCCUCAAACACGUCGCUCUUGGUCGAGGAACACAGAAUUACACCUGCUCGUCAUCCGACAAAACAGCCACUCCUGCUGCGAAUGGCGCUCUUGCUACGCUUUAUGACGCAUCUUAUCUCGCCUCAUCUUAUCCGAAACUCCUUCAUGCGCUUCCGGCUGCACUUGUCGGACUUCCGGUUGAUGCUGUCUCGUAUCUAACUGUGCUUUUGGGCCAGCUUACUUCGCCAAAGCCUGGUAGUCUUAUUCUGGGACAGCACUACUUUACCAGUAACAAAGCACCCUUUUUCGAUUUAAGGCUGGGCGGAGACAAGGACUGGGCGGCAGCAAAGCAGAAUGCAAGCGUGACUGCACCAUCGACGUCUUCUUCGGGCAGUCAAGACCACGAUACCAAACAGGACGUUUCGUGGUUGAAACUCGCGUCUACAUCUGGGACAGGGAUUAAGGAAGUAUAUCGUGUUCAGACAUAUGGAGGAGCUGCUCCAUCCACGUGUGAGCGUCAAAAAGGCAGCUUCCAAGUGGACUAUGCCGCAGAAUAUUGGUUUUAUGGUUAAUAAGACCUUGAUAAUUAUCUGAUGCUUGACAUGAGUGCACUUGAGACUAAGUGGUCUUCUCUCUAUAUUCUCUUGCUAUCUUUUGGAUUCCGGAUCUGAUUAGCGUUUCUGCUUUAUGUUUUACACUGGCGUCAAGCGACUUUGAUGAUAGAUUUUAUUUAACUAGCAAUAUUCCCCAUGUCAUUGUUUAUACCAUGUUUACAAUAGUUGAAGAACUAUGGAAAAUGGAGUUCCAGUUCGAAUUGACCAUAUCAACGAAUCCAGACGGUCUAUCUUAGACAUCAUGACACCUCAGGCUAUUCGUAAUCAACUUCAUUAC